AACAAAAUUACUAACAAAAUUAAUUUGUGUAAAAUAUUAAAUCUUUUUAACAGUUUUUUCAUCCUUCAUCUAGAGUCGUAAGGACUAUCCGAGACAGCAGUUAUGGACGUUAUGUCUUCGUCACUGCAACAGCAACGUAUUAUUGUCGAACAAUUGAGACGCGAAGCAGCCGUCGAUCGUCAACCGGUAUCGGAAUCAUGUGCUGCCAUGAUGCGUUACAUAUCGCAGCAUGAACAGGAGGAUUAUUUAUUGACCGGUUUCACCAGUCAAAAAGUCAAUCCAUUCCGUGAGAAGUCAUCGUGCAGUGUUCUUUAAAUGAUGAU